AUGUUUGAAAAAGCUUAUUCUUGUUUAAGACUAAGUAGGUCGUCUUUUCUCGAAGUACAUUCUCAGUGUAGACCGGCCUUCGACAAUUGCAUCACACCCGCCAGUAUGGAUGUUGGAUCUCCAAUACAGAGAGAGCCCGAGGAAGGUUUUACAGAUAUGUACAGAACUCAUUCUCAAACCACAGAUACCACUGCCAAUGAUAUCGACCUUCGACAAUAUCCGUUGAGUUGGAAAACAAUCAGAAUAUAUUUAAGCGCCUCUAUUGGAGGACUCUUGUUUGGGUACGAUGGUGGAGCCAUAGCAGGAGUCUUAGUUGCGUUGAAGCCGGGAGAUUUAGGACUCGAAACUUUGGAAGACUACCAGAAGGGAGUUAUCACAGCAACAGCUGCUUUCGGGUCAUUUUGUGGAUCCAUUUCUGCAUUUCCCUUGGCAGAUCGGCUAGGACGUAAAAAGACGCUUGGGUUUAGCUCUCUUCUAUUCAUAAUUGCUGCUAUCGUCAUGGCCUCGGCGGUUCACUUUCCCGUGCUUCUCAGCGGCCGACUAACACUAGGUUUUGCGGUAGGAAUUGCAGCUCAGUGCGUACCAGUAUAUCUAAGCGAGGUGUCGCCCAGCUCAGCAAGAGGAACCAUACUUACGCUUAAUACAUUGGCCAUUACUGGCGGUCAGUUGUUUGCGAGCACUCUAUCAUGGUUCAUAAUAGAUAAACCGUACGCAUGGAGGAUUCUUUUUGCAUUAAGUGCUGUGCCUGCUGGUAUAUUGCUUAUCUUACUCGACACAAUCCCUGAAUCUCCAAGAUGGUUGUUUCUCACCAACCAACCUCACCAAGCCCGAGAGUCUCUAACUAUCAUUUAUCCCAUGGCAUCUGAGCUCGAAAUAUUGAAUAAAAUGGUUAAAAUGGUUCGUGAUUUGUCUAAACUUCGAGCUAUUCAACGCGAGACGCAGCCGCUUAUAAACAGGGAUAGACCGCUUUUCAAAAGGUUCAGCACCUCCCUUGAUUAUGAAAACUACUUACGAGAAAUUGCCUAUAGUUCUAGAGUUUCAGACGUCCCUCAUCCACAUCUAAAACACAAAAUGGAUCCACGAACUCGCAGAGCACUGAUAGUAGGCUGCAUUUUGAUGUUUUUUCAACAGGCUACAGGGUUCAAUGCGUUUGUUUAUUAUUCGCCAGUGGUUUUCUCUCGUAUUAACGUGAACGAUCCGCUCCUCCCCGCAAUUGCCAUUGCAGGAAUCAAUUUCAUUUUCACUGGAAUUGCAAUGCGGGUGGUUGAUAAAUCUGGAAGACGCACUAUCCUCCUAAAUACUAUAUGGAUCAUGACAGUAGCGCUGGCUACAAGUUGCACUGGCUUUCAAUACAGCAGUUCUGCUUUGUUCCUGACAUCGCUUUUGGUUUAUGUAGCAGCUUAUGCUACAGGCAUGGGCGCGGUUCCUUGGAUGAGCGUUGAAUUUUUACCUCUAAAUCAAAGAUCUUUUGGUGCCUCAUGCAUUACUUGCACCAACUGGCUUACAAACGCUACAAUUUCGGUACUGUUUUUACCGUUAAUCAACAAAUUUGGAGAUAAACCUACCAUGCUGUCAUUUGCCUUGAUGACGGCUCUAAAUUGGCUAUUUGUGUACUCUUGGUAUCCUGAAGUCAAAGGUUUGUCUCUAGAAGAGAUAGGGCAGGUUUUUGAAAAUGGAAUUGAUGUCGAUUACGUCUACAGAAAAUAUCACUGA